AUGGUAGACUAUGAGGAAAAGGCUGUGGGAGUCACUACAAUUUCGUGGAGAGGCAACGCAAAAAACAGAAAAAUCGUACCUGCUUGGGUGUCGAAGCAGCUGCUGGGAUCUUUGCCCUCUUGGGAGGAGGGUGAAGAGCCCCCACCUGCUCCCGCUUCUGAGGGUAUGCGCAGAAGUCGCCGGGUACUCCUUGGCGGAUCCUGUCUAUGAUGACUUAACUUUUUGGAUUGUCCAGAGCUUGCCAGGAGCCCCCAGCAUUGGCAACUUCUGAGAUAAGCCACUAAGGAAUUUAAAAUGGACCACUCUUCACCUAGAGCUGGCACUAGCACAUCCCAGCAAACAGUAGCAGCUGAUGCAUCUCCUGAGCCUAGGUGUCCUAUAUGCUUGGAUAGAUUUCAUAAUGUGUCUUACCCAAAUAGAUGCUUACAUAAGUUCUGUUUUCACUGUAUACGGGAGUGGUCAAAAGAGAAGACUGAGUGUCCACUGUGUAAGCAGCCGUUUGAUUCUAUUUUUCAUUCUGUGAGGGGAGAUGCUGACUUCGAGGAGUACGUCCUAAGGGCUUCACAUGAUGGUUCUGCUGUUCGAGGACGUCGCUCCCCUACAACUGUGAGAAGGGAACCAAAUGUUUCUGUACCUAGUGGUACUGCGAACAGAAGAACAACUCCACCAGAUACUGGAGUUCUGUUUGAAGUGUUAGGCGCUUCAACAAGAGGUAGAGAUGUUGCAAUUCCUGAGUUACUGAGUGAGUUUGUAAUAGCGAGGCCAACUACUGCCCGUGAAAUGGCUUCACUGUCAGUUGAAGAACGAGACAGUAUUAAUUUUAGACGAGCUCUCUAUCGUGCUGGUGCUCGAGUUCAAAGUGUGGGAGAUGGUGGCCCCUAUAGGGAUGUUUCAGCUGAAUUUUUCAGUAGAAAUCCAGCUUCCCUGAGCAGGUUAUCCCCCUGGAUUAGACGGGAACUUAUAGUUCUUUUAGGAGCUCGUGACCCUUCAGUGGAUAUCGUCCAGCUCAUCAUCAUGACCAAUGUUACUCGCUAUGAUUUGGAGAGCCAGGCAUUUGUGUCUGAUUUAAGACCAUUUUUUCUUAAUCUAACUGAGCAUUUUGUACAUGAACUUAUCAGUUUUGCUCGAUCUCCUUUUCACAUGGCAGACUUUGACCAACACGCUAAUUAUGAUUACACUGCGCCUUCAAAUGAAGAGAGCAACCAUUCUGAUUCUUCAGUCGUAACAACAUCUCCAGAUGGGUCUGAGACCCAAGAGCCAGAUAUUGAUGUAGCCACUGUCAGUCAGGCACCAUGGGAUGAUGAAACACCGGGACCAUCUUACACAAGCUCAGAGCAGGCACAUGUUGCUGUGUCUUCCCUUUUAAAUGAUUCCGGCAGUUCAGACGAAGAACUGGUCGCAGGGGGAGCCCUGUCUCAGAUACAAGGAGUACAAGCCGAUGAGGACUUAAAUAACGACAGUGAUUCUUCUUCAGAUUCUUGUGUCAUUGUUGGGUUUGUUAAACCACCAGCUGAGAAGACCCCAGAAUUUAUUGAACUGUCUUCCGAAUCUGAGGAGUUAAGUACUCAGGAGGAAAUGGAGCCACAAGAGCAAAACCAGCCUUCCAGUUCUGGUGAUAGUGAUCUUAGUAGAUGUUCAUCUGCUCUCUCCCUCCUUAGAGACAAUGAGCAAAUAAAUGAAGGUCAUCCUGAUUCAUCAAAGGAGGAAGAGGAGCCAUCUACCUCGUCAUCGCCUAUAGUCUUGAGGUCCUCUUUGAGCGGAGACAGAGUAUAUUCUCCAUACAGCCACAGAUACGGAAAAAGGACAAGAUCAAGAAGUUCAGAUUCAAGUUCCCAGAAUAGAAGUGAGUAUAAUAACAAUCCUAGAAAGCAUCCUGGGAAGAAAAGAAUGAAAAGCAAAAGACCCAGAAGUAGGGAAAGUAGCCCUAGUGGAAGAAGAGACAAAAAGAGAUCCAGAACUAAAGAUAGCAGUUUGUCUAGCAGCAGCCAAACUCUAAGUCGUGAAAGCACAAGCAGAUCACGAGCUCACAGGAGUGAUCACGGUAAAAGAAGGUCACGGAGCAGAAGUGGAGACCGUUAUCAUUUGAGAAAUGAUGAUGGGAGCAGAUAUACGUGGGGCAGGGAUGACUACGAAUCAUCUCACAGGAGGAGGAUUCACUCCGGUGCUCAUUAUUCCAGCCUAUCUUCGAGUCCAGAAUCUGGAAUUCGGUCCUGCUCUUUAAGAAAAAAUACGAGGGAGAAAAAUAAUCCCAGCAAAAGAAAAUGUGACUACAAUGACAGGCACACAUCAAGGAGCCUGUCUAGUAACAGGUCAAUGACUUCAGCUGUAGGGCCGGAGCAGGGGAAAAAUGAAAAACCUGGAGGGAAACAAAAAUACAAAACACGGCAUUUGGAGGGUAAUAAUAAAGUGGCUCAAGCAUCUCAUGAAUUUCCUUCAACACUAAGAAACACUCAUUACCAAAAAUCUUCCUCAGAAUUGGAUGAAAACUACAAAAAUGAGAGUGACAGCUUUUCAGACAGCCUAUCAUCACCCGCAGAGACAAAACGCAGGAGGAGGAAAAGGGUUUCUCGGCACAAACACACUCUCACAGACAGACAGCUCUUGGUGCCUAAUGGGGAUGAGAACCAGAAUUCUGAGGGAGGCUUUGAGGCACCUGAGCUUUCCACCUGCUGCUGCAGGUGA